CCUCCGUGUGGACAAUGCGAGGAAGAAUGUUGGCGCCUACAUCUCCCAGAAGUCCUUUCGCGUGACGUCUCGGCCGCAGCAACAGGAAGUGCUCCAACUGAGCCGUUGCUUUAAGAUAAGGAAUGACCUGUACACUGGAGAAGGUGCUGGCUGAUGCCAAAUCACUGGUAGAGCGGCUCCGGGAUCAUGAUAAUGCUGCUGAGAUCCUGAUUGAACAAACCACACUGCUGAACAAGAGAGUGGAGGCCAUGAAACAGUACCAGGAAGAGAUUGAGGUGUUGAACCAGGUGGCAAGACACCGGCCGCGCUCCACGUUGGUCAUGGGCAUCCAACAGGAAAACCGGCAAAUAAGGGAACUGCAGCAGGAAAACAAAGAGCUGCGCACAUCACUGGAGGAGCAUCAGUCUGCGCUGGAGCUCAUCAUGAGCAAAUACAGAGAGCAGGUGUUUCGCCUUCUGAUGGCCAGCAAGAGAGACGAUCCUGCUAUUGUCACCCAGCUGAGAGAGCAGCACACUAAUGAGAUGCAGGCGCACAUUGAGAAAAUAAAUGAAAUGGCCACGGUGAUGAGGAAAGCCAUCGAGGUGGAUGAAGGGCGGUUGUGUGAGGAUGAGGAGAGAAUCAAACGUCUGGAGUUGGAGAACAGCGGUCUGCGAGAGCUGUUGGGAAUCAGCCGUGAGGCGUUUCUGGUGCUGAAGCGGGAUGACACGUCUGACAGCACGUCUCUCUCUCCGCUGCUCACCAGCACAGACGUCAGUCUGAGGAAGAGCUAAAGGUCGUCAGAGACUCUUGAGUUUACAAACCAUCAUCCAGAGCUGCCCUACAAGUCCCACAGUCCUCCAUUACAGGGUCACAUGCACUCACCGUGCAACCUGGAUGUCCAUCAGCCAUUCCGCGUGAGGGGUUUUGCAGAAAGGGCCUGUGGAAUCUGUCAAACACUGAGAUCUGAUUACUUUUCCAUCAUCAUGGCUUCAGUCUGGAAGUCAAAUCAGCUGAAUACAAUCAUUUGUGGAAUAACAAAAAAAUUGGCAUAUUGUGAAUGAUUACUUUACCUGAACAUAAGACUUUGUAAAGGGAAUGUCACAAUGUGCCAUUUUAAUUUUUUUUUUUUGUUGUGCUUGUAACAGUGUUUUAUGUAGGUAUGAGAGGAAGUAGCAUUGAAAGUGAUUAAAAAGCAUUGAAUGAACAGGCUGUGAUCUUCUCUAGUUUAAUUGGCCGAUAGUGUUGAAUAAACUACAACAUUUAAAGUUUCAGUACAUGUUAUUGCAUGCAUAUGCAUUUCAAUGCAUACAAAAAGCAUUGCAAAUGCUGUUUUACAUUGACAUUAGGAUAAUAUUAAAUUAAGUCAUACAUGUACAGUGAAUAUGAUUGUAAAAUAAAACAAAAAGGUUAAAUUUUUU